AUGCCUGGACGAUACGCUUCUAUCGAGGUCGGCCCGCCCGCUGAGCCCGGCAGGUCCCGUCCGCGCAGGUUCGCGGCGACGGCGGACAAGUUGGUCGAGUCUCCGGCGCCCGACGUCGAGGUCGUCGCAGACUUGCUCGGCUACUCUGUCCGCACCAGGCCUGACAGACAGGCUGUCGGAUGGCGCGAGACCAUCAGGCUGCACAACGAGGAGAAGCAGGUCAAGAAGAUGGUCAACGGCGAAGAGACGACCGAGACCAAGAAGUGGACUUACUACGAGAUGAGCGACUACAAGUACCUCACCUACAAACAGCUGGGCGAGAUGGUCGCCGACGUAGCUUCUGCCCUCGUCGAGACCGGCCACUCGAGGAGCACCAUCUUCAACAUCUACGCCAGCACGAGCGCGCACUGGCAGGUCAUGGCGAACGCCUGCGCGACCCAGGGCAUCACCUUUGCGACCGCCUACGACAACCUCGGCGAGGAGGGACUUAACCACUCGCUCAACGAGCCCGGCGUGUACGGCAUGUUCACGAACGCCGCGCUCCUCCCCGUCGUCGCCGGUGUCAUCGCCAACACUCCGACCGUCAAAGUCCUCGUCUACGACGGCGCCACGUCGGACGUCAAGCCCGCCGUCCUCGACUCGCUCAAGAAGGCCGACAUCAAGCUCUUCCACUGGGACGAGUUUGUCGCCCUCGGUCGCAAGUCGCCUCACCCGGCCAACAAGCCCUCAAAAGACGACGUCGCGUGCAUCAUGUACACGUCUGGCUCGACUGGCGCACCGAAGGGCGUCGAGAUCACCAACAGGCAGAUCACCGCCGUCGUCGGAGGAGCCCUCUCGCUCGUUCACGAGUUUAUCACCCCCGACGCUCGCUUCAUCGCCUAUCUCCCGCUCAGUCACAUCUUCGAGAUGGCUGUCGAGUUCCUUCUUCUCUACGUUGGUAUCGUCAUCGGCUACGGCUCCGUCAAAACCCUGACCGACACCUCGAUGCGCAACUGCAUGGGCGACAUGCGCGCCUUUCAGCCCACAAUCAUGGUCGGCGUCCCGACCGUCUGGGAACAAAUCCGCAAAGGUAUCCUCGCCAAAGUUUCGGCCGGACCCAAGUUCCGCUCGUCGCUCUUCCAUGGCGCCUUGUCGGCUAAGAAGGGAACGAAGCCACUCCCGGUGUUUGGACGUGCGCUCGGGGGUGUGCUGGAUGCGGUGGUGUUCAAGGCUGUCAAGCAGGCGACGGGCGGGCGCCUCAAGUACGCCAUCAACGGAGGCGCCGGCAUCUCGCGCGACACGCAGAACUUCCUCCGCCUCACUCUCACCGACACGCUCAUCCAAGGCUGGGGCUUGACCGAGUCCUGCGCUCUCUCGUGCAUCCUGCCUCCCGCUAUCGUCCAAACCGGACCCGUCGGCGUGCCUGUCCCGUGCGUCGAGAUCCAGCUUAGGGACUUUGAGGAGGCUGGGUACAAGGCGGAUGGGAGUGGGAAGGAUGCGGGUGGGUUGCAGCAGGGAGAGAUCUGCUUGAGGGGUCCGAGUAUCUUCAAGGGCUACUUCAAGCGCCCCGACUUGACGAAGGAGGUCAUCGACGAGGACGGCUGGUUCAUGACUGGCGAUAUCGGCCAGUGGAACCGCGACGGCACGCUCAGCAUCAUCGACCGCAAGAAGAACCUCGUCAAGCUUGCCGGCGGAGAGUACGUCGCCCUCGAGCGCCUCGAGUCGAUCUACAAGUCGUGCAACCUCGUCUCGAACAUCUGCGUCCACGCCGACCCAUCCGCAUCCCGUCCGAUGGCCAUCAUCGUCCCUCACGAGCAGAACCUCCGCACGUCGCUCUCGGCGAACCCUCACCUCGUCGACGGCAAGAGCGUCGACAGCCUCGACUGGGCAACUGACGUCUGCGCAAACGACAAGGUCAAGAAGCAUGUCUUGGAGGAACUCGUCGCGACUGGUCGCGGCGCUGGACUCAAGCCCCUCGAGACGCUUCAGACGGUCUUGCUCGCCAAGGAGGAGUGGACGCCUCAGAAUGGCAUGCUCACGCCGGCGCAGAAGCUGCAGCGCAAGUCGAUCCUCCAGUCGUUCGGAAGCGAUAUCAAGAAGGUAUACCCGUGA